GGAAGAGGCGGCGGCGGCGGCGGCGGCGGCGGCGGCGGCGGCGGCAGAAGCGGCGGCGGCGGGAGCUGAGGAGGAGGCUCCGGACGCUCCUCAGGAACCGGGGACACCCGAGUGCCCGCGCCCUGAGCGCUCAGCCCCGGAGGCGUCAUGGCCGAGUAUGGGACCCUCCUCCAGGACCUGACCAACAACAUCACUCUUGAAGAUCUGGAACAGCUCAAGUCUGCCUGCAAGGAGGACAUCCCCAGUGAGAAGAGUGAGGAGAUCACUACAGGCAGUGCCUGGUUUAGCUUCCUGGAGAGCCACAACAAGCUGGACAAAGACAACCUCUCCUACAUUGAGCACAUCUUUGAGAUCUCUCGCCGUCCUGACCUACUCACUAUGGUGGUUGACUAUAGAACCCGUGUUCUGAAGAUCUCUGAGGAGGAUGAGCUGGACACCAAGCUAACCCGUAUCCCCAGUGCCAAGAAGUACAAAGACAUUAUCCGGCAGCCCUCUGAGGAAGAGAUCAUCAAAUUGGCUCCUCCACCGAAGAAAGCCUGAGCAAGGGGGAGGAAGAGGAGGAAGGUUGGACCUUCAUCGGACCACUCCCUUCCCCAAUCCUCCAGGGGAGGGGGCAAGGGCAACCCCCCUCCCCAAUCUACCCACUUACUAACCUGGUCCUAACCCCCGUACUGUGCGCGUGUGUGUGCGUGUGCGCACGCUCUGGCUGUCUGUCUAUAUGUCUAGCUCAUCUAGUUCCUCCUCCUUGUGAGGGGAUGGGGGUCAGGGGCUGGGGGUGGAUUAGUUUCCCCACUCUAGGGGGAGAUGGGGGCUAUUUCUAUGCAAAUAGAAAUGGACACAUUCCUCCUACUUCCCUUUCCUCCAUUCUUCCCCCACAUCUCAAAAGAGUAGGAGCAGAAAGGACCUGUAUUUUCCUGCAUUGAGGAGCCCAGGUGGGGGUGAGGCAUGGGAGAGGUGGGUGGAUCUAAUGAAAAGCAGUGGAAGGGAAAGUGAAGAGGCUAUCCAACCCCACCAGGAAGGGGCAAAGAAAAGCCAGAGUUCAGUAUUUGUUCUCCCAUGCUGGACUGCUAAGGAGUCCAGUUUCCAGCUGUUCCUCAGGCUGGAGGGCCUGGGCACCAGCAGGUCCUUUUUUGUUCCCCUCUCAGGGGGCUAGGAUGUGUAUGAGCCAGGAACCUAAUGAGGACCACUGGAACCUUUCCUGGCCCCGAAGUUCAAACCCCAUGGAGCACCCGGCAUUAAGAUACCCCCCAUACCCCUCUGCUCUGGAGAGACUGGGCUGGGAGCAUGCCCCACUGAGCCUGAGAUGGGGAAUAAGGGCAGAGAGAGGGCUCCCCUUUUCCACUCCUUUAUUCCUACUCAGACUGUUGCAUAUACUGACCCUGAAUCUAGGGAGGUUGGGGAAUGAAAUCCUUAGGUUUUAACUCCAAUCCUGCCCCUACCUACAGGGUCCCAAGGUGGUUAUUGCAGGCAACCUUCCCUCUCUCCCUGUUCUAGAACACCCCAAGCCAGAAAGGGAAGAAGUUAACGACAGUGACAGUGUUUUCCUUUGCACUGAUGCCCAGUUCAUUCCAUGAGGGGACUUGGUAACCCCUCUCCCUGAAUACCCUGGCGCCUUGGGCUUGUGAACACCUAGCCGAAUCACUAGAGUACAGUGACCCCAGCCUCCCGCCUGUCCCAAGAUGCUCCUCCCCACCCUGACCGUGCUAACUGUGUGUACAUAUAUAUUCUACAUAUAUGUAUAUUAAACCCGCACUGCCAUGUCUGCCCUUUUUUGUGGUGUCUAGCAUUAACUUAUUGUCUAGGCCAGAGCGGGGGUGGGAGGGGAAUGCCACAGUGAAAGGAGUGGCAGAGUCAAAUUGCUACACAGUCAGAACA